AUGAAAUUCUUCGCUGUUCUCCCAGUCUUCGUUGCUUUGGCCGCAGCUCAGACGACUGAAUCCCGUGCCCUCACCGACAUCAUCCCAACUUCAAUCCUAUCUGAAGCCUCCAGCAUUAUCAAUAGUAUCUCCAGCGUCAUCUCCAGCGCAGUUAGCGAAGCAACUUCCCGUGCAGCUUCUGAAACUUCACGAACUAGUGAAUCCACCGUCGUCACCACAACUAGUGUGGGAACGGUCACCGUCACCACUCCUAGAACCGAGCCUGUAACCGUCACAUUUCAACGCACAAUCACGAGUACUAGUGGUACUUCUGUGAUCACAAGGGUUGAGACCUCCACAGCUACCACAAGCACGGUCGUCACCGAACCUACGGGAGUGAGGACCACUGCUACCAGGACCACUACUAGUCCUAAUGCCGCACCAACUAAGUUUGUAGCUGCUGGAGCUGUUGGUAUCGCUCUUGGUGGAUGGGCCCUUCAAAAUAUCAUUUAA